AUGUUCACAAUUUGGUACACGGCAUUUGCAUGGAACGAAUAUCGGGAUACAAUUAUCAGACGCUUACAACAAUAUCGAGGUAUUGCACCAACGAAUACUCAAACGACUGCACCAAACGUGCCAGAAACACCAAAAGUACCAGAAACUAAAUCAACUGGUCCACCCCCAGUAACACCCACACCUAAACCAAUUACGACACCUCCGGUACCUUCAAAACCACAACCAAUCCCACAAACACCUCCUACACGUCCCAUAAAACAGUUAUCACCGUCUCCACCUCCUCCACCCAAAAAGAAACCGUCUCCAUUUGGUUUUGAAAAGAAAUUUAGUUCAGAAUCGUCAGAAAGUGAUUCAAGUCCUAGUCCUAAUUUACGGGGUAAAAAUGAUGCAUUUAAUAUGAAAAAAUCUUCCCCUAAGUUUAAGAAUUCAGAUGUCGUUGAUUUUCUAUCGAAAGAAAUUGACGCAUCGUUUCCACAACCAAAUCCACCUAAACAGAAAAGUCCGCCUAAAAAAGUUGAUGCAAAAUUGAGUACACAUAUGCAAAGUGUUGAGGUAUUUAAAUGA